AUGGAGAAACAUAACAAGGUUAUGAAGCUUGCAGAAGCUAGUUUUGAAGAGAUAUCAAAUUAUGUGGAAAUGGGAGAUCCAGAUGAUAUAGAAUCUGGUUACGAGCAGUUGUAUGGGCUAUUAAAGAAGCUUGAUCUUUCCAUUGAGAAAGCAAAGGAUCAAAUGUUAGAAACAGAACAAACUCUUUCUCAGAUACUAGAGUGGUCGAACGGGGAAAAAACAAAAUUGAAAACGUUUCGAGAUAUGAAAUCAAAAUUAAAAGAGUCGUUAGCAAAGAUACAAGUGGAUCGAGAUAGCAAUCAUUGA